AUGAAACUUUUACCAUUUUGCUCCUGGCUUCCAUGCCUCCUGAUUUGUAUCAUGUGCUUGGGAUAUGAGUGCGGGACUAGGAGGCGAGGUGCGAGAGCCAGCAGAGACCUGGUGCGCAUUAGGGAAGCCACCGCUUCCUCCCCUGGACCCUGUGCCACUCGCUUGCCGCGGGGCAAACGCUCCUUGCCCGGGAUGAGUCGGCGCUCCGCUCGCCGGUACCCCCGGUCCUCCCAUGCAGAGAGGAGCCCGCCUGGGCGGCUGAAGGCUGUUUACUUUGCCGGCAGAAGUGAUCAGCUGCGCCUGAAGCCCACCGUGGAGGUGCCGAGAGGGAAUUUUACUCUGGAAAUGUGGAUCAAGCCAGAGGGAGGGCAACGCUCGCCAGCUGUAAUCGCAGGUCUCUUUGAUAAGUGCUUCUAUGCAUCCAGUGACCGCGGCUGGUUGCUGGGUAUCCGGGCCGUGAGUGACCAUGGCAACCGUGACCCGCGCUUCUUCUUCUCGCUCAAGACGGACCGGGCGCACAAGAUGACCACCAUCACCUCCAACGCCGCCUACCUGCCCGGCCACUGGGCGCACCUGGCGGUCACCUACAGCGGCCAGCGCAUGCACCUGUACCUCAACGGAGCCCAGCUGGCCGUCAGCCGCGAGCAGUCGGGCGACAUCUUCAGUCCGCUAACCCGCAAGUGCAAGGUGCUGAUGCUGGGGGGCAAUGCCCUAUCUCAUAACUACCGAGGUAGUGUGGAGCAUCUGAGCCUGUGGCGGCAUGCCCUCUCACAGCGUGACAUCAUCAGGGCCAUGCGUGGCCAUGGCAACAAGCAUCAUGACGACAGCGAGGAGUGGCAGCGUCUCAUUGGCCAGCCCACGCAGCUGGUGCUGUGGGAGGGCUUUGAGCAGCCCUCGCGCCAUUGGCUCACCGUGAAGGAUGGGCGUCUACCAGAGGCGCACGUGUCUGAUAGGCUGGGGACGGAGGCGGGGUCGGGGUCGGGGGAGGGGCUUAAUGAGGGGGUGUGGCUUAAUGAGGGGGUGGGGCUUGGCUCUCUGGACACCGCCCUGCCCCCGCCUCCGUGCGGCCAGACGAUCUGCGACAACGUGAAAGUGGCGAGCAGCUACAACCGGCAGUGGGACCUGCGGCGGCCCAAGACGGUGCGCUACCGCGUGGUCAACAUCCACGAGGACGACGGGCGGCGGCCGACCGUCACCGAGCACCAGAUCCACCUGCAGCACCAGCACCUGAACGAGGCCUUCCGCCGCUACAACAUCAGCUGGGAGCGCUCGGUGGUCAGCGUGCGCAACUCCUCGCUGCGCCGCCGCCUGGUGCUGGCCAACUGUGACAUCAGCAAGGUGGGCGACGACACCUGCCACCCCGAGUGCAGCCACGCGCUCACGGGAUUGGACGGCGGCGACUGCCGCGCCUACCGGACGCACUGCCCCGAGCACAAGCAGGGGGACGGCGUGUGUGACCCCGAGUGCAACGCAGAGGACUUCUACUACGACUACGACGACUGCUGCAACCCCAACAUCACCGACGUCACAAAGACCUGCUUCAACCCAGCCUCACCUCUCAGGGCCUACAUGGAUGUGCGGGAGCUGAAGGAGGCUCUGCAGCUGGAUGGCUCCGCCCACUUGAACAUCUUCUUCGCCAACUCGUCUGACGAGGACCUGGCAGGUGUAGCCACCUGGCCCUGGGAUAAGGACGCGCUCACACACCUAGGCGGGAUCGUGCUGAACCCCUGGUUCUACGGCACGUUCGGCCACACACACACGAUGGUGCACGAGGCGGGCCACAGCCUGGGCCUGUACCACGUCUUCCGCGGCGUCUCCGAGGUGGAGUCCUGCAACGACCGUUGCCUGGAGACGGAGGCGUCCAUGGAGACGGGCGACCUGUGCGCCGACACCCGCCCCACGCCCGUCACCAAGCAGUGCGGCGACCCCGUCGCCCCCGGCAACCACACCUGCGGCCGCCGCACCUACACACACACUCCCUUCAACAACUACAUGAGCUACACAGAUGACGACUGCACCGACUCCUUCACGCCUAAUCAGGUGGCGCGCAUGCACUGCUACCUGCACCUGGUCUACCACACCUGGCGCACAGACACCUGGCCCGCACCUGUCGCCAUGGCGCCCGGCCUGCUGGAGGAGGCACAUGACUCCCUCACACUCGAGUGGUUCCCUCCAAUCACUGGACAGUACUUUGACAGAGAACUGGGAUCAGGUGUGUGUGAGAGCUGCUCAGAGGGUCGUGUGCUGCAUCAGUUCGCCUCCAACGCUUCGUCUCCACGACCCUGCGCCCCCUCUGGACACUGGAGCCCCCGCGAGGCCGAGGGUGCGCCGGACGUGGAGCAGGUGUGUGAGCCGAGCGUGCGCACCUGGAGCCCGAGCGCUGGGCAGGAUGCGGGCAGUGUGGGCGCGGCCUCGUGCCCGCCGGAGGGGUGCAUGCUGCAGCUGGAGUUCCGGCACGCGCUGGUGCCCGACGCCCUCACCCUCUGGGUCACCUUCUCCUCGCCAGAGCAGCCGGCGCGGCCCGCCCUGCACAACGUCCUGCUGCUGACCCCCGCCGGACGCAACCUGUCGCUCGGCCCGCACGACGUCUUCUGCGACGCGCCGCUGACCAUCAGGCUGCCCGACACACUGCGAGAAGGACUCCAGGAGGUGUACGCCAUGCAGGUGUUCACCAUGGAGCAGGACCUGGAGAUCGACGCCGUCAUGAUGGCCUCGGGUCCCGACUGCCAGCUGUGCCAGGCGUGCCAACCGCUGCACUACCGACUGCUGCGCCAGCCACCCUUCACCCACGCCCCCCAGGGGGCACUCAUCGAGGACGGCAGCAGGAGAUACGUAGACAGAGACGUGGAGUCUGGGGUGUCGUACACGUACCGGGUGCAGACGGUGUCUCGGUGGGGAGAGAGUGAGUCGUCUCCUCCUCUCACACACCAGCUGGGAAACCCGUACUGUGGAGAUGGACGCAUUCAGAGACACAUAGGGGAACAGUGUGAUGACAUGAACUCAGCUGAUGGAGACGGUUGCUCCAGUGAGUGCAAGAAGGAGCCGCUGUUCAACUGUGUGGAGGAGCCCAGCCUGUGCUACGUGUACGAGGGCGACGGUGUGUGUGAGGACUUUGAGCGGGAGAUGAGUGUGAGGGACUGCGGCCUCUUCACGCCCAGCGGCUUCCUGGACCAGUGGGCCACCGAGGUCACGACCUCUCACCAGCACACACACUGCCCCGCCCAGUCUGCCGUGGGCUACCCCGCCCUCACCAAGAGCUGCCAGUCCAAGGUGUACCAGGGGGACCUCUAUGGAGGAGUGGCGCAGUACGCAUGGUUCCCCUGCCAGGAGGCCCACAAGAACACAGGCAACACACACUACUGGCUCAAGGCGUUGUAUUGGCACCCGAUGGUGGCAGCAGCGGUCAUCGUGCACCUGGCUGCAGACGGAACACGCUACAUGGACCAGACGCAGUGCAACAUCACCGUCCAGCUCAUCGACACCACGGACCAAGCACACAGCCUGGGUGACUGGGGGCUGAGCUGCAGGAGUAACCCUCUGGUCAUCCCGGUGAGUCAUGACCUCAGCACUCCGUUCUUCCGCACGCGUGCGAUCCUGCUGCGCUUCAGCUGCCCCCUGGUGGCCGUGGCCGGCGUGGGCCUGCGCUCCUUCCAGUACUUCGACCCCAUCACCAUCAGCAGUUGCCAGAGCAACGAGAUCUACAACCCCAUGGGUCAAAGCUGCGUCCACUACUCGUGCGACGCGAUCGACUGCCAGGAGCCGGUGGUGCCGCAGGCCAGCGUGAGCUGCAGUGGCCCGGGCUACUUCAACGGCGUCCACUGCUCCGUCACCUGCAACCGCGGAUACACACUCAAGAUCCACAGGGACGACGACAUCAUCAAGACACAGGGUUCCGUGUCCACGGUGAUCCGCUGCAGGAAGGACGGGAACUGGACCGGCUCCUUCCAGCUGUGCCCCCACCUGACCGGCCAGUGCCCCCUCCCCCUCCACCUCAGCCCCAGCAUCCACCUCAGCUGCAGCCACGGACAUGGCCUAGGAAAGGAGUGUGUGCUGGCGUGCAGAAAUGAGAACAACAACGUGGUCAUCCUGCCCAGCAACAUGUCCACUGAUGACCUGAUGCGGGACCACUGGAGGAACCCCCCCAAAGUCCAGACUAUCCUGUGCACUAUGGCGCUGAAGUGGUACCCAGACCCGGAGUCCCUGCACUGCAUCAAAGGAUGUGAGCCGUUCAUGGGCGAUAACUACUGCGACGCCAUCAACAACAGAGCCUUCUGCCACUACGACGGAGGCGACUGCUGCCACUCAACAGUCAAAACCAAUAAGGUGAUCCCGUUCCCCAUGUCAUGUGACCUGCGUGAGGACUGCGCCUGUAGAGACCCCUGGGCUCAGGAGAACAGCCGCGGAGAACCGGGGAACAGCCGAGGAGAACCGGGGAACAUUAGAGGCCAUCGGCAGCGAGCGCUCGGCUGA